CACACCAACCAAGACUUAUUUGGUUAAAACACCAGAGGGCCAUGGUCCUCCAUGGGGGGCUGGUCCUGGGACUCCACAUCUUGAUGACCCUCCUGAGUCCCCAGAAAGCUGGGGCCAUCAAGGCUGACCACAUGGGCUCCUAUGGACCAGCCUUCUACCAGUCCUAUGACGGCUCGGGUCAGUUCACCUACGAUUUCGAUGGGGAGCAGCUCUUCUCCGUGGACCUGAAGAAGAGGGAGGCUGUGUGGCGUCUGCCUGAAUUCAGCAACUUCGCCGACUUUGACCCGCAGAAUGGGCUGAGAGGCAUUGCACUGAUCAGAGCCCAUCUGGAUGUCUUGGUGGAGCGCUCCAACCAUACCAGAGCCACCAAUGUGCCUCCAAGGGUGACCAUCCUCCCCAAGUCCCCUGUGGCGCUGGGCCAGCCCAACGUCCUCAUCUGCAUCGUGGACAACAUCUUCCCCCCUGUCAUCAAUAUCACUUGGCUGCACAACGGCCAGACGGUCACCGAGGGGGUGACCCAGACCAGCUUCUAUGCCCAGCCCGACCACUCGUUCCGGAAGUUCCACUACCUGACCUUCGUGCCCUCGGCAGGCGACUUCUAUGACUGCAAAGUGGAGCACUGGGGCCUGGACGAGCCGCUCUUUACGCACUGGGAGCCCCAGGUGACUAUGCCGCUGCCAGACACCACAGAGACCCUGGUCUGUGCCCUCGGCCUGGCGCUUGGCCUGGUGGGCUUCCUCGUGGGCGUCACCCUUAUCAUCACAGGCAGACGCCGGUCCAGCUCCCCCAGGUAAUGAUCCUUCUGAGAGGCUGGGAUGUGAGAGAGACCCUCCGCCCCAGCUUCCUCGCAAGUUUCUGACAGCCCGGAAUACUUGGCUCCACCAUCCACCAAGUGCAUCCUGGCAGAGCUGCCUUUCAGUGGCAUCAACCUGUAGCCUAGACGCCUCCUCCUUUUUUGGCCCCAGUACUCAUGGCAGGACUUCUGGGGGAGCACCAACUAGCUCCCCUCCCCACCUCCAAUAUGCACUCUUGCUCCAUCCAAAGUCCCCUGCUAGCUGCAGUAAAAUUUUAAACAGUGUUUGUACUGUAUGCAUUUUGCCGGGUCUUGGUGAGCUCUCCCAGGGUGUCAGGGAUGCUGGGAUCUGGAGGAGGGGAUUCAGGGUGACGAUCGCUGAGCCUGACCAGUGUGCUGGGGGUUAUGCCGUCAUUCCCAGGCCAGUCCAGCUAUGUCUUGCUCCCUUUGACUCAUCACGUGGGUCUCCUUGUGCAUGACUUGUGAACAGGCCAUUUCUCAUGACACGUACGUCCUGAGUUCAGAUUUGUCCCAAAGGGAUGUAGAGUCCUGCACGGCACCAGGAGAGGAAAGGUUUGUGCCAGUUCCAUUCUUGUCCCGAUUUUCUCUGCAAUGAAGAGGCCAUUGGUAUCCAGCCAUAAUCUACAAGGUGUCUCCCAGUCACCACUUAAAAUCACCACUUAAAAACAGGAGUUCUCUUGUUGCGCAGCAGGUUAGGGGUCUUGGUUGUCAUGGCCGCGGCAGGGAUCAGUCUCUGGUCUGGGAAUUUCCACAUGCUGUGUACAAGGGCGACCAAAAAAACAAAAACAAAAACAAAAUUUUUUUAAAUUAAGUGGAAAUGCAAGUGACUGCCCACACUUGGGAAAGUGCCCAUCUCGGUCCAAAGUACUGUGACCAGGGGACCAGGAUCCUACAGAGCAAGCAUGGCAGCUGGGCACCCACCUCUGAGGUGAGGAGCCAGGUCGUUGUCAGAGGAAGAAGAGGUUCUGAGAAGACACAAGAUAUGUCUGUCCCCAGCGUGCCCUGAUCUCUGCUGAUCUUUUACUUAAAAGUUAACAGGAUGCAUUCUUGGAACGGUGUUUCUCCGAUCUCUGUCUUGGUGUUUAAUAAAAUCAUAAAAGUGUCCCCUUUCGACCAGAA